AUGGGAAGUGGAGCGAGUAGAUCACUUACAAUUCCAGUUGUUUAUGAGGAAUCGUAGGCUAAUAAUCUUGCUAAUUUUAAGACUACAAACAAAUAGAAAUUAACAAUAACAGAUCCAUACAUGAAACUUCAAUAAGGUUACCAUACUAUUCCAUUAAUCGUCAGAAAAAUUGACAAACAUGAGGAAAUUAAGGUUGUUCAUGGUGUAGUGGGUUUGAAAAAUUUGGGUAACACAUGUUAUUUCAACAGUGCAAUACAUUGUUUAAGUCAUACAUAACCUUUACUUGAUUAUAUGUUAUCGAGAGUUUUUGAAAAGGAAAUUAACAAGAAUAGCAAGCUAGGAUCGAAAGGUUAGGUGACUGAAUGCUUUGCUUAAUUGCUGAGUGAUAUUUGGAAGGAUGAAAGAAGUAUUGGAAUGAGUACUAUAAAUCAGGGGAAUGAUACUAAGGACAAGAGUAAGGACAAGCAAUUGAAAUAAAAAUAAUAUGAGAAUUGGGUAGAUCCUUUAAGAAAUACUCAAGGAGAUUUGAAAUAGGAUGUAAACAAUUAGCACAAUUAAUUAGAGCAGGAGGAUUGUCAAGAGUUGCUGAGUUAUUUAUUAGAUAUGAUUCAUGAAGAUUUGAAUAGAUGUAAGAAGAAGGAGAAUAUCAAAGAAAAGGAUUAUACAGGUGAUCCCAAAGAAGAAUGGGCUGCAGAAUCUUGGGGGGAACAUCUUAAAAUCAAUAAGAGCAUUGUGGUUGAUUUGUUUUAGGGAUAAUUGAAAUCUACAGUUGAAUGCAAAUAUUGUAAUUAUCAAAGUCAUAAAUGGGAACCGUUCCUAUUUCUAAAUUUACCUAUCAAAUAAUAAAAAUAACAAUAAUAACAAUAAUAAUAAUAAUAAUCAUUUUAAUCUAAAACUCUUGGGAGUUCUCAAUUAAAACAAGACACCACUUGUGAAUUGACUGAGUGUUUGGAUCAAUUUCAAUAGGAUGAAACCAUCCAAUGGAAAUGUCCUAAAUGUUAGGAAACCAGAGAUUGUAAAAAAGGAAUUAGAAUAUGGAAAUUGCCCAAUAUUUUAAUCAUACAUCUUAAGAGAUUCGAAUACGGAACUAAGUAGUCAGGUAAAAUCACUUAGAAAGUCAACUUCCCUCUCAAUUAAUUAGAUAUGUCUCCUUAUUGUAAUUAAUAGAACGAUACUGUUUAUAAUUUAUAUGCAGUGGCAUAGCAUCAUGGUUCUUUGUAAUAUGGCCAUUAUGUGUCUAUUUGUAAACAUAGAGUUGAUAAUUAAUGGUAUAUGUACAACGAUGAUGCAGUUCUUAAGGUAAUAUAGUUCUAACUUUAGAUCCAAGAUCCUGAGAAAGUAAUUGUAGAUUCAUAGGCUUACGUUCUAUUCUAUUAGAAAUAAACAGAAACCAUUUUCAGAUAAACUAUCACGAAUCCUAGUUGUUGGCCUCACAAUUAAAGUGCUAAAAAAUAAAGUCAGCCAAAAGAAUAGCUUUAAUUGAUGGAAUAUGAGGAAAGUGAAUAGAAAGGCUAAUUAGAUGAAACCAGUCCUCAUAAUAUCUCGGGUAAUUCCAUAAAGAUUGAUACUUAAAAUGUAAAAAAGAAGCAUUCUUACAAUCACUUUAUUAGAGAACAAAGCAUUAAAUCAAACUCUAUUUUUAAACGAUCACGGCCUUCAGAAGAUAAUGAGAAUAAUUAUACUAAUAAAUAAACUUCUAUUACUAAAAUAGAGGAAUAGUGGGGUUUUGGACAAGACAAUGACAAGCAAAAGGAGAUGGAUAAGAAUAAAGAUAGGAAGCCCAAUGAUUGGAGAUCUAAAGGUACUCGUAAAUGA